ACGGAUAUCAAGCAAAGUAUCCUCUUUUUUUUCAUUGAUGAGAUACUUUGCUUGAUAUAAUUGAGCCAUGGCUCUAGUGGUUACUUCACCGUCCAACUUAAUUCUUAAAUUUUUUAGAUCAAAAUAGAAUAGAAUUAGAGCUCGACCCUUUUAAAGUCUGGACCUUAAAUUAUCUAGGCUAAAUUUGACGGCCCUUUACCACCCUUAAGGGUAGUGGAGGGGUGGUUGCCACUGGUGCGGGCGCCGUCGCCGAUGGCGGCUAUGCGGGUGUUUCUUGUGCUUGCAGUGCCGUUGAUGGUGGUCGAGCGGGCAUCGGUGAUGACCCAUAGUUUGUUGAAUAAUAGUGGUGCAGCCUGGCGCCAUGGUACCGACGAUGAAGCUCAGGUGUACAGUUGGUGGCGUCACCAUUCGAGUGCACUCCGAGGGGGCACUAGUGGUGCUCGAGGUCCGCGGUGGAGCAGAGUUCCUCGUUGACGGCGAGGAGUCGGAUGGUGAGGUAUCCAUCAUCUCUGGCGUGAUUAGCCAAGGGGAGGGGCGCAGAGAGGUGGGAAGAGAGAUUUGCAAAAGUGUGAUUACCCAAUUCAAGGGCAGGUUCAGAUUGUAAAAUUAUUCAAUCUCUCGUACCCCUUGGAUGUUGAUCCAGUGACUCAGAUUGAAGUUUUCAUAGUUUGCACGGAGAUGUUGGUUUGUACCUGAUAUGUUUCCCAUAGUUUUUGCCUUAAAAAAAGAGCAUCUACAGCCUGGCAUGCAAUAAAAAAUAGAAAAUACAACUCUUGUUCCGUGCCAGGAUGGCAGGGAUCAGCAAUUAGCGCCAACUAACUUAAAUAGAUUGAAGUGGCAGAAGUUAGCGGAGAGGUUAAGGAUGCAUGCAUAGCACAGGCUGUUUUUUCUGAAUUUUUUUAGAAAUAAUAAGUAGGGCCAUUUUACAUUAGUAUGGACGACAUGCUUGUUCACAUAACGAGGUGUCUGCGGUGACCGCGUCAAAGGACGCAGGGUGUAAUGCUACAUGGGUUCAUUAUAGGUUAACAUGCGGACAAGUGUAUGUGAGCAAAUGUAUGUGUAAAAAAUUCAGUCAUUGUCAAAUGAGGAGCAUGCAGUUGAGAAAAGCAAGGGAACAACAAGAAAGAAACGUAGUAUGGCCGGCCGCGGAGCAUGUAUGUGCGGUCAGCACAAGACGCGCUUCGGUGUUAACAUUGUAUUCCCGAAAGGCCUCGGCCGGCCCGCACGGACAUCAAGCAAUUUCAUCGUUGCCAAUACAGCAGGCAAGCAAGCAGAGAUCGCCAGAUUAGUUAGUAAUCUUGACUCUUGAGAGCUCGCAAGCAUGAAUCUGGUGACAGGGGCGAUGGGCAGCCUCCUCCCCAAGCUGUUCCAGCUGCUCCAAGAUGAGUACAAGCUGCAGAAGGGCGUCAGGGCGGAGGUGGAGUCUCUCUCGCGGGAGAUCGAGAGCAUGCAGGUUGCCCUCUGCAAGGUGGCCCAGGUGCGCCACGACCAGCUUAACCCGCAGGUCUGGCUCUGGGCGCGCGACGUCCGGGAGGCUUCGUACGACAUGGAGGAUGUCCUGGACACCUUCCUCGUGCGCGUCGAUGGUGGCAUCGAGCAAGGCGACGCGGACAAAGGGAAAUUCUUCGAACGCUUCAGGGAGAAGAUGGGCAAGCUGUUCAGCUUAACCAAGAAGUUCAAGGCUCGCCACGGCAUCGCCAGAGCCAUUGGUGACAUGAAGAAGCAAGUCGAGGAAAUGGCCAAUCGGCGUGAUAGGUGCAGGGUCGACCAUCAUGUGAUCAAUCCUGAUGCCACAUCAAGUAUUGAUCCUCGCCUCUCAACUCUCUACACAAAAACGUCAGAGCUCGUUGGCAUCGACGAGGCAAGGGAUGCGCUCAUAAGGAUGUUGUGCCAAGGUUACGAUACAUCUGACCAAAAGAUGAAGAUAGUCUCUGUUGUCGGGCCUGGAGGACUGGGCAAGACUACCCUUACGAAAACUGUGUAUGAGAAGCUUACAUUGGAUAUGGAAAUACGUUAUAAUGCAUUUGUACCAGUUGGCCGGAAUGCAGACUUGAAGAAAGUCUUUAGGGAUAUUCUAAUUGACCUUGAUCAGAAGACUUACAUGCCACAAAUCAGCAACUUGGCAACAUUAGAUGAAAGGCAGAUCAUCAAUGAACUCCGAGCAUUCCUCGAGAACAAGAGGUAUUUUAUUGUUAUUGAUGACAUAUGGGAGGUAUCAUUGUGGAACAUAAUAAGAAAUACUCUGGACGACAAUAAUUUAGGAAGCAAAGUAAUCAUAACUACCCGCUGCAAUGAUGUUGCAAAGAAAGUCUGCUGUUCUUAUAAAAUGGAGCCCCUUGGUCCUAAGAGCUCCAAAAUUUUAUUCCAUACAAGGAUAUUUGAAUCUGAAGACAGGUGCCCUGAACAAUUGUCUGAAUUAUCUGAAAAGAUUUUGAAGAAAUGUGGAGGUGUGCCACUUGCUAUCAUUACUACAGCUAGUUUGUUAGCUCAUACACCACAAGAUAAAUCUGAGUGGCAGGAAAUAUACAAUGCAAUUGGUUCUGGACUUAGCAGCAGUGAUGAUAUUCACAAAAUGAGAAAGAUACUGUCUCUUAGCUAUUAUGAUCUACCUUCUAAUGUGAAGACAUGUUUAUUAUAUCUAAGUAUAUAUCCAGAAGAUUAUGAAAUUACAAGGGAUCGGUUGUUAUGGAGGUGGAUAGCUGAGGGUUUCAUUCAACCACGAAAAGACGGUGAUGACCUAUUUGAGCUCGGGGAAGGUUACUUCAAUGAGCUUAUUAAUAGAAGUCUGGUCCAGCCGGUCUGGCACAUAGAUUCUGAUGGCCUGAAAUAUGGCUGCCGUGUGCAUGAUAUGAUUCUUGAUCUCAUUUGUUCCUUGGCAAGAGAAGAAAAUUUUGUCACUAUCUUGGAAAAAAGUGCAUAAGUGCAUAACAGUAUAUCUUUAAGAACCAAGCAUCGUCGGUUAUCCCUCAGAAACACUAGCUGCUGGCCUAAAACAGGCGUAUCACAAGUGAGGUCCAUUGCUAUCUUCAGCCCUUCAAUUCAGUCAAUGGAAUCCAUUUCAUGCUUUGAUGUUCUACGUGUAUUGGAUCUAGAAGGUUGCCGUCUGGAACGAAGUGAGGAUCGUUGUAAGCUGGAUGUUGGGAGCUUAAUUCACCUGAGGUACCUCGGGCUAACAGGCACAAAACUCAGCGAGCUGCCCCAAGGGAUAGAAAAACUACAGUUUUUGCAGUUGCAAGUCGUACGUAAUGUGCGAGCCGAGGACAUUCAAAUCCUUGGGACGCUGCCGACCCUUUGCCGUCUCUUUCUGAAGGUGGACUAUAAUAAAAACUUAGCCUGGUGCCCACUGCAAAGAUUCAUUAAUAUUGUAACUGUGCCAUCUAUGUUCCCACAAGGAGCCAUGCCCAGGGUUGAAAACAUCACAUUCUGCCUCCGAGUAAGUGAUUUUUUCAUCUCCAGUGGAUUCGACAUUGACGACUUGGCUAUGGCUCACCUCCCGUCGCUUCGGAAUAUACAUUAUGAUCUUUAUUAUCGGGGUGUUAAGGGCCAAGGCCAACAAGCGGUGAAAGUGCAAGAGGCGCUGCGGCGCGCAGCUGAUGUCCACCCUAAUAAUCCAUCCAUCAAAUUUGAUAUGCGUGGGUCCACUUCCUGA